AUGGGAAGACAGAUUCCGGACUCCAUAUCGGUAAUACCAGUCAUCACCUAUUUCGAUACCCUCGGCUCCCGCAAUGUAGUCUCCACGGUCGAGCCCGGAUAUCUGCGCCAGCUGCUCCCGGACGAAGCGCCACGGGAAGGUGAGCCGUGGGCCGCCAUCCACAAGGACAUGGAAGCCAAGAUCAUGCCCGGCAUCACCCACUGGAACCACCCAGGCUUCCACGCCUUUUUCCCCUGCGCCAGCUCGUACCCCUCCCUCCUCGGCGAGCUCUACUCGGCCGCCCUAACCACCGCCGCUUUCAACUGGAUCUGCUCGCCCGCCGUCACCGAGCUCGAGACCAUCGUGCUCGACUGGCUGGCCAAGACCCUCGGCCUGCCCGCCUGCUACCUGUCCACCGGCCCCACCCGCGGCGGCGGCGUCAUCCAGGGCUCCGCCAGCGAGGCGGUCCUGACGGCCAUGGUCGCGGCGCGCGAUAAGUAUCUGCGCGAGACGGUGCCGCCCCCUGGUGGUGGUGAGGGGUCGGUGUCGGAGGAGGAGUAUGAGGAGCGGGUGAUGGUCAAGAAGUCGCGCAUGGUUGCGCUGGCUACCACGCUGACGCACUCGAGCGCGAAGAAGGCCGCGCUGAUUUUGGGCUGCCGGUUCCGUGCCAUCCGCGUGCGGGAGGAGGAUGGCUAUGCGCUCACGCGUGAGGGCCUGGCCGUGGCGCUGGCGGAGUGCCGCGCGCAGGGGCUGGAGCCCUUCUUUUUGGCCGCCACGCUGGGCACCACCGAUGUGUGCUCCGUGGAUGACUUUGAGGGGAUUAGUGCCGCGCUGGCCGAGCAUGUCCCGCCCGGUGCGCCCGGCGAGGUGUGGGUGCAUGUGGAUGCGGCGUAUGCCGGGGCCGCGUUGGUGUGUCCUGAGGUUCAGGAGUCGACGCGCAUCGCGCUGGUCAGUCGGUUUCAUAGCUUUGAUAUGAACAUGCACAAGUGGCUGCUGGUGAAUUUCGAUGCCAGCUGCUUCUUUGUGAGGAACAGAGAGUGGCUGGUGCAGGCCCUGAGCGUCAACCAGGCCGUGUACGGGAACAAGGCGUCGGAUGGUGGGUUGGUGACCGACUACAGGGAGUGGCAGAUCCCGUUGGGGAGGCGGUUCCGGAGCUUGAAGAUCUGGUUCGUGCUCCGGUCGUAUGGUAUCAAGGGGUUGCAGGAGCACAUUCGGCGGACCAUGAAGAUGGGCGAGGACUUUGCCGGGGGGCUCAGGGGCAGGUCUGAUCUAUUUGAGAUUGUAUCAGGGCCGAGUUUUGCCUUGACCGUAUUCCGGUUGGCGGCCAAGUCUGAGGGCGCAUCGCUCGAGGAUAGGAAUGCACAGACGAGGGCGCUGUAUGAAAAGGUGAAUGCGACGGGAAAGAUGUGGCUUACAAGCACCGAACUCGACGGCCGUUUCGCGAUCCGGCUCAUGACGGCGGUGAGGACGACCGAGACGGAGCACAUCCAAACGGCGGUUAAGACAUUGGUUGAGAUCGCCGAGGAGGUGCUCAGGGGGUGA